AUGCAAUCUACUUUUGCUUUUCUACUUUGCGCUGCCACAGUGAGCGCCAUCUAUCUCAACAACCCCAACUCGUAUACCAAAAGACGUCAGCUACGUAAUCUCCCAAGACCUAUUAGAGCUAUCCGGCCUCGUUAUGUGGAACCCAACGACGACUCCGUCUAUUUGCGGGAUACCGAUUUCUCACUGAUUACUUCCGAUGUGAUGAAUAAUCGCGAUACACUUUCGGACUCCGACGACCUAUUCAACGCGCCGAUCUCACUAGGUUCGUCAAUAAGAUGCACGCUUCCAAUAAAAAGAGGCAGGUGUCUGGCACUAAACCCUCGAUAUGGAUUUGAUGGAAAAACUGGACGAUGUGUUAAGUUCAUCUACGGAGGAUGUGGUGGGAACGCAAACAACUUCGAAACUUUGAAGGAAUGCCAGAAAACAUGCCUCGCCUACACACCUAUGCCUCUAUAA